UGUCGAUGCUCCGGCGGUGGCCGGUUUCGGGGGUUGACUCGCGCCGUGGGGGCGAUGAGCGCACUUCCCUUCGCCCUGGGACUGAACCGCCUCUGCUGGCUGAUCCUGUCCGGCUGUUUGAUUGUCGGGCCUCUCCGGGCGGUAGGUCCCAGCGAUCGGCCUAGUCGCGCGCUUUCCGGGGACGAUGAGCGGCCUGCCUCCCAGCGCACGGGCCUCGAGCUCGACGCUUACGACGAGCUGGCCGACGAGGACCUCGCGGACGAUUACGCCGAGCUCAACGUCACCGCAGAGAAGUCAAAAUACUUGGGCUCCCCAUGCGAUCUCACGUGCAAUCCUACGUUACAACACGUAUUCUGCGAUCCCGAGACAAAGUUCUGCGGCUGCGAAAAGCCAUAUCCUGUUCAACUUGGGCCCACCAAAGGAUGUGCCAAACCGAAGAAGCUGGGCGAGCAGUGCUUGUACCGAGCGACCUGCGUUUACACGGAUCAGCACUCGACGUGUACGCAAGUGCAGCACAACGCCGUCUGCGAGUGCGAAGCCGGCUACCAUCGUGUGGCACUGUCCAGGCCAAAUAAGAAGCUCUUUUGCGCCGCAGAUUUGGUGCUGAUAGCAACCGACCUGCCGACUCUGCUCGGCGUCGCCUCGGGCAUAGCUGUGCUCACGGGCUUGAUCUGCUUCGUCCUGAAGCUCUUCAGCAGGGCGCGAUACACGAGGCCAAGACACUACGCCAAUGCCGGCCAGGCCCCCCCUCCCAUGCUCUUCUCCAGCGACACAGGUAUUCCUUUGGCGCUCCAUGGGGGACGUCCGUCCUCGCGCUCCUCCCAGCGCAGCAGCGGCGGGACCCUAAGCUGCGCGCUGGCGCGCAAGCAGAGCGACGCCCUGGGCGCGUCCACCCGGGGGCCCCUGGUGCCGGCCUCGCGCGCAGGUGCGGCACGCGCCGCGGCCAUCUUGCUGAUCUCGUGCCAUCGGGAGGCCCAGCCAACACCGGGCAACGGCGGCAAGCACCGGCGGGCCCUCAGCGACGUCGCUGAGGGAUCAUCCGACGGCCUCGGAUCGCGUCGACCGAGUUUGGCCUCGAUCCAUAGCUCGACCUCCUCGGCCAAAAGCUACAGCGCACGUCGCCUCGAACGCGAGAGAAACGAAAAGGAGCAGCGCCACGCUCUCGUUGAGCUCAAGCUCAAGCAUCGGGAGCAACAACAGCAACAGCACCACCACCAGCAGCAGCACCAACAGCAGCAGCAGCAGCAGCAGCAGCAAUAUCAACAACAAGAACAGCAACAAUCGGUCGCGCCAAUCCCCAGUCCCAGGACGCCUCACUCCACCGACGAGCUCCUGCCCUCCGUGGAGGAAGCUACCGAAAUCUUCUAUAACGAGCAAAUACCGACGACAUCGGGUGCCAUGAGCAAUGCAGCCGAUGACAACAAAACCAGAAGCACGACAACGACCAAUAACGAACCGUCGAGUCCGCUCUUCGAAAAUGACGCGAAACCUUGUACAUCCUCCGAUAUGUAUCGCUUAUAACCCACGCAUACAUAACGCAUCAUCUGCCACAAAUGCACACUGUGUGCGUGCAUUCGCGUGCACAUGUACAUACAAAUGCAUCUAUAUACGUGCAUACAUAUAUUCUCGCUCAAUUCAUCGGAUAAUAAAGGGAUUGGCGUUUUACCAAUUGUUGCUAGAAAUCUGGUAUUUUUCUCAUAAAAAGGGUAGCUACAUCGUGGCUAUCGCGAUAAUUCAGGCGAUUGUUCAAAUAUUGCAUUUAUACGUCUGUAUAGAGGAGGGAGAGAAGAAACGUUUGACGUUUAAGUAUUUACGUUAGGAUCUUUUGUAUCGAAGUUCAAUUAAAAUUCACUCUAUAUAAUGUCAUAAUGUAUAUCAUAUGCGGAAUUGGCUUUAAAGUCAAGUCGUCACGUGUCUUUGUGACAUGC